ACAUUGGACUGAGCUUGUUUGGUGGCGCAAAAUUUCAAGUCAAAGACAACAGACCAUCUUUAUUUUUACAAAAAGAUACGAAAGAUUAUUCGACCAUACCUCGCUUUAAUUUCUACACUACUGACCUGACCAUUGGAUUAUGGGUGAAUCUAAAAUCGACUGAUGAUAAAAUGUAUAUUCUGAAUGACAAAGGUGACUCCGGCAAAUCUGCGAGGAUUUUUUUGGACAAUGGAAGGUUCAGGGCUGAAAUGGAAUUUCUAUCAGGUGGUAACACUUUCGAAGGAAACGGUCGAUUAUCAGCUAACGAGUGGCAUCACAUAGCUCUCACGUGGCACAGAGAAUCACGUCUAUUUAGAUUGUAUAUUAAUGGCAUACUCGACAAUGAAGAACAAAGUGGAAAGUCAGAUCCAAAUCUCAAACCAACAACAGAACCCUAUUUUCUAAUCGGGAAAAGACAUAGUUCCUCAUCACAUGCCACUGGCUGGAUAAGUGAUUGGGCUGUGUUGUUUCAAACGCUCUCAAAAGAUGAAAUCAGUCUACUUAAAG